UUUCCGGACCGCGCACAACCACCCGUCUCCACGUUAGCCUCUGAGAAGGUAAACUUCCCGACGGCUCAUCGUCAGCUGAUAAACAGGCAGUUUAACACUGACAACAACAACUUGAGCUGCUGAAAGAACUCGUCACCCGGCUGGGUCUGAAUCUAUGAACAAGCUGGUUCCAGGGAACUGAAAUGAUCAAUGAAAUGUGAUGAUAUUACACAAGAAGCACAAACCAGGGCCAGACUGAAACACAUGUGCUGUAACUGUAAAGGAAAUCUGUGUUCCCCUUCCACAGGCUGUCGACUUCCCACCAACCCCUGCACGUCAGACUGAGCUAUGUCAUGGGGAUGAAGACGAGGAGGAGGAGGGUGGUGCAGUUAGUCGUCUGACCUCUGUCUGUCUGUAUGGAGGAUGUGGUUCUGCACUAUCAGUCUGGAUCAGCAGAUGGGCUCAGCUCUCUGUUAGAGAGAACAGAGAAGCUGCUGGAGCCUUUCCCCUGUCGGACUCCUCCCGCCUUCGCACCCUGGUUCCCGACUACUACCGCUGACCGCCGGCUGCCCAUCAGACCCGCCAAACCAGCGCCCGUCAUCACCUCCUCAAGUGAUGUACUCAUCUCUGACAACAGGCCACACCCUCACACAACAGUGACUGAAUCGCUUCCUAAAAACAAACUACAGAGACCUAAAGCUGAAAAAUGUUAUGAUGCAGAGACGACAAGAAGUCCUCCAGAAAAAAACCCAAACCAUCUCCUCCCAGCAUCACUCUGUCAGAAACCAGAGAGACGCGUCACCAGACUGUUGCCUGAAACACAGCCACAGAAAGACAGAGAUGGCUGCACACACUCUCCGAUCAAACGCUCCUGGAGCGUCUUUACACCGAGAGGAGUCCUGCUGCAGAGCACCCAGCCGCUGUCCAAACACUUUGAUCACAUGGUGUCGGUCCAUGGGCUUCACCUCCAGCAGAGGGCCAAAUGGGUGAUCAGUGAGCACAACUGUGGGGCGUCCCAGGACGUGGAACAGGUGUGGCGGACUCUGACCCGGUCUGCGCGGAGUCCCAGGCUGCCGACGUGUAACGCCAACAUCCAGAGGGAUCGGGCGGAGAUCUGGGUGUUCUGCGAUGUUCUGUACUCAGAGCAGGUGGGGCGUUUCCUGAAGGAGGAGCUGCAGCUGUCGGGGAGGAUCAGCCUGUCGGUCCACAGACUGGGAAACAUCUUCAGCAUGUAGAGAAACUUCAGCUGGAAAUAAACUGACAUACCUGUGAACAUGGCAGAGAAGGAUCAGAAACCCGGAUCAGGUGUUUACACAGCACAUCAUCCUGGUUUAUGACAGAGAACUUCCGCUAGAAUUUCCAGGGUUUCCACUGUGGUAAGGCCUUAUCCAGGUUUCUGAACCAGGAGGAAGUGUUUGCAUGAACAACACAACCACAGGGGUGUUUCAUAAAGAAAGAACCUGUUAAACCAGGCUUAUUUUCAGGAGAAUGUGUUUUCAUAAUGCAAGAAAACAGGUAAAUUAAAUUUUAUUUCCACUGAGUUGUUCAAAACUAGAGCUACAAGGUGCUUCACAGGGACACGGAACAUACUAUACCAUAAAGUAUAGCAGGGUGUGGUCAAAAGCGCUGAUCUGUGGCACUGGCUCAGCAGAACUUCAUUAAUAUUUUUUAAGGAUUUGCUUGAUGAACUGAACUACAGGGGAAUUAAAACCACAGACAGAUUUGUCCUUCUUUGCCAAAAUCCAGUUUGUACUGCGUAUUUAUACAUUUUAUAAAUAAAGGUUUUAUAUUUUUAA